UCAGGCUCCUCCCCCCGGCAGCAGACGCUAUUUGAGUGGGCAGCAGCGAAUUGUUGUACAGAGAUCCGUGUCAGUGUCGUCAAUGGGAAGCGCGCAGGCGGCGGCAAAGCGACUCUCCGUCUAGAUCAAGUCCGCGGCUGCACCAUGCUCUCCCGGUCCAUCCCGUGUCUCUGGAUUACUGUUUGCCUGCGCUUGAGCUGCCACGUGAGCGGCGGGGACGCACAGAAUACUAAGGAAGUGAUUCUGCUGGACUCGAAGGCGCAGCAGACGGAACUGGAAUGGAUCUCCUAUCCUCCGAACGGCUGGGAAGAGAUCAGCGGCUUGGAUGAGAACUACACUCCCAUCCGCACCUACCAGGUUUGCCAGGUCAUGGAGCCCAAUCAGAACAACUGGCUGCGGACUAACUGGAUCGAGAAGGGGGAUGCCCAGAGGAUUUUUGUGGAACUCAAAUUCACCUUGAGGGAUUGUAACAGCUUGCCCGGGGUGGUGGGCACCUGCAAGGAGACGUUCAACCUGUAUUACCAGGAGACAGAUUCUGAGGUGGGCAGGGGCUUGAGGGAGAACCAGUACGUGAAAAUUGACACAAUCGCAGCGGACGAAAGCUUCACCCAGGGCGACCUUGGGGAGAGGAAGAUGAAACUGAACACAGAGCUGCGGAUCAUCGGCCCUCUGUCCAAAAGGGGCUUCUACCUGGCCUUCCAGGACGUGGGGGCGUGCAUUGCCCUGGUGUCGGUCAAGGUCUACUACAAGAAGUGUUGGUCAAUCAUCGAAAACCUGGCCACCUUCCCAGACACAGUGACGGGAUCGGAGUUCUCCUCCCUGGUGGAGGUGGAGGGAAUGUGUGUGAACGACGCUGAGGAGGAGGCCGACAACUCUCCCAAGAUGCACUGCAGUGCCGAGGGGGAGUGGCUUGUGCCCAUUGGGAAAUGUAUUUGCAAAGCUGGAUUUCAUCAAAAAGGAGACGCAUGUGAACCUUGUGGUCGUGGUUUCUACAAGUCUUCCUCCCAGGACCUGCAGUGCUCUCGCUGCCCAGCACACAGCUUCAACGACCGGGAAGGUUCCUGGCGCUGCGAUUGCGAGGACGGCUACUACCGCGCGCUUUCUGAUCCUCCGUCUGUGGCGUGCACAAGACCUCCCUCAGCGCCACAGAACUUGGUCUACAACAUCAACCAGACCGCUGUCACUCUGGAGUGGAGCCCGCCUGCUGACACCGGUGGGCGUAAUGACGUCACCUACCGGGUCAUUUGCAGGCGCUGCAGCUGGGAGCCUGAGGAAUGUGUAGCGUGUGGCCCCAAUGUGGGAUACUCACCAGCUCAGUCGGGAUUAGUGGAGACAUACGUGAUGGUCACGGACCUCCUCGCCCACGCCAAUUACACCUUUGAGGUGGAGGCGGUGAAUGGAGUAACAGACCUGAGCCGCACGCAGAGGCUGUUUGCAGCAGUCCGCAUUGCUACAGGCCAAGCAGCUCCAUCCCAGGUCAGGGAGAUCAUCAACAAGAAGGUGCAGCAGCGCAGCAUCCAGCUCUCCUGGCUGGAGCCCCAGCAACCCAACGGCGUCAUCAAGGAAUAUGAAAUCAAAUACUACGAAAAAGACCAGAAGGACCGGAUCUACUCCACCGUUAGGUCCAAGUCCACCUCUGCCACGGUAAACAACCUGAAGCCAAGCACAGCCUACGUGUUCCAGAUCAGGGCUCUGACGGAGGCCGGCUACAGCAACUACAGUCCCCAGCUGGAGAUCACCACCCAGGAGGAGGCCACAGCUGCGACCGUCUCCAGCGAGCAGAACCCCGUCAUCAUCAUAGCGGUGGUGGCUGUGGCGGGGACCAUCAUCCUGGUCUUCAUGGUGUUCGGCUUCAUCAUCGGGAGAAGGUACGCUCUCGCGGGCCCCAUUGACUCUCCGCUCCUGCACUGCGGGUACAGCAAAGCCGAUCAGGAGGGAGACGAGGAGCUCUACUUCCAGUUUAAAUUUCCAGGCACCAAAACCUACAUUGACCCUGAAACCUACGAGGACCCGAACAGGGCUGUCCAUCAAUUUGCCAAAGAGUUGGACGCCUCCUGCAUCAAAAUCGAGCGCGUCAUUGGAGCAGGAGAGUUCGGGGAGGUGUGCAGCGGUCGGCUGAAGCUGCCCGGAAAGCGGGAGGUUUCGGUCGCCAUCAAGACCCUGAAAGUGGGCUACACGGAGAAGCAGAGGCGCGACUUCCUGUGCGAGGCUAGCAUCAUGGGACAGUUUGACCAUCCUAAUGUCGUCCACCUGGAAGGAGUCGUGACGCGAGGAAAGCCGGUCAUGAUUGUCAUCGAGUACAUGGAAAACGGCUCAUUAGAUGCUUUCCUCAGAAAGCACGAUGGUCAGUUCACAGUCAUCCAGUUGGUGGGGAUGCUGCGGGGCAUUGCGGCAGGAAUGAGAUAUCUCGCAGAUAUGGGCUACGUCCAUCGAGAUCUGGCUGCACGGAACAUCCUUGUCAACAGCAAUCUUGUAUGUAAAGUGUCGGACUUCGGCCUGUCAAGGGUGAUCGAGGACGAUCCCGAGGCCGUCUACACAACAACCGGUGGCAAAAUUCCUGUCCGGUGGACUGCGCCAGAAGCCAUCCAGUACCGGAAAUUCACCUCCGCAAGUGACGUGUGGAGUUACGGCAUUGUCAUGUGGGAGGUUAUGUCCUAUGGAGAAAGGCCCUAUUGGGACAUGUCCAAUCAGGACGUCAUAAAGGCGAUAGAAGAAGGGUACCGUCUUCCAGCCCCCAUGGACUGCCCCCCAGGUUUACAUCAACUAAUGCUGGACUGCUGGCAGAAAGACAGAGCAGAGCGCCCCAAAUUCGAUCAGAUAGUCGGGAUCCUCGAUAAGAUGAUCCGUAACCCCAACACCUUGAAAACCCCGGUGGGAACUUGUACAAGACCAAUUAGCCCACUGUUAGAUCAGAGCACACCAGACUUUGCUGCUUUCCGCUCGGUGGGAGAGUGGCUGGAAGCCAUCAAGAUGGAGCGAUACAGGGACAACUUCACAGCAGCUGGCUACAGCUCCUUAGAGUCUGUGGCCAGGAUGUCAAUCGAGGAUGUAAUGAGUUUGGGGAUCACGCUUGUGGGCCAUCAGAAGAAGAUCAUGAGCAGCAUACAGACUAUGAGAGCCCAGAUGCUGCAUCUCCACGGAACGGGCGUGCAGGUGUGAUGAUCCGCGACGGUCCGCCACCGUCAGGACGAAAAAAACCAAGACAGAACUUCUCUGGAGCAGCGCCGGAGAAGAAACCGGGAUGACAGUCAAAGUGAACGGACAUCUGUCAUGUUUGACUCCUCCUGCUGCGUCCAGAGUGAAAUCACUUCUUUGUUCCUCAGCGAGGGAUGGAGGUCCGUCUCUUCAAAGGGCACUAAAGAGGGAAAAAGGGCACGAAGCAGCAACAAAAACUUCCUGGACAAGAUUUGUUUCUUUUUUUUCUUUGUAGAAGCGCUUAUGAACUUGACUACAUAUCAACGGACGCCUUGAGAAGAGUUAGACGUUUGCGUUUCUUUAAUUUAACAAUGAUUUUAGUGUACAUCACAGCUAUGAAUUUUCUUUGAAAGAACUCAUCUAUUUGUGGUGGUUUUUCUUGAAACGUUUAUGUAAUUUCUUUAUCUUUUUAGCAUCUGCCACAAAGUUGGGUUUUUUUUUUUGUUGUUGGGUUUUUUAUGAUUGUGACAACAGGGUAACUCCAGUCCAAGCAGAGUGGGUGCAGAUGUCAAGAAGCUGUUUGUGCUUUUGCAGCUCUGUCUAUUUUUUACAAGCUCUCACACUUGUUUGAAACUCACCACCUGGAGAGUUUGACAUGAUUUUAAAGGUUUCAUCAAGGAGGCUGCAUGUAAGUGCAACACAGAGGAGAAAGCAGGAAGCAAAUUGCUCUUCUAAUGACCAGACGUUUGUCGGCGUAGCAGUAUCCUUUGUUUCAGUGUUGGCUUACUUUGGUGAUUGAUUUGAAUGUGUCAGCACAGUUGAAAGAUUGUAUUCUGAAACUGCAGCUGCUGCGUUUUCUUUUGCCGUCGAUGUUGCACACAGUUUGCUUGGUUUAUCUGCAAAUAUUGUUUGAGGGUGGAUCUCAGAAUGGAGUAGAUUUAAUACUGCCUUAAAAAAAUGUUUAGAUUUAGUAUCGACAGUAUUUUAGGUACUUCAGUGGUGAUGCUUUCUGCGGUUGAGUUUAAGUGUUUUUCUUUGAUCUUGUAGCGUGAUGUCUUCUGACAUGACACUUGAUCUGGUGUCCACAGACUCAGUUUACGCCAGGAAUGACAGUCAGUAUAGAGGAGAUAGACACAUAUGAGCAAUAAUUACCAGGGAGAAACGGUCCUCACCCGACGUUCUUUAAGGUGCUAGGUAGAACUCUGUGCACGCUGUGCUCAGACAAAGCCUCUGGAGAGCAGCCAGAAUGCAGAGGAAGUCGGCUCUUUGACCUGGAGCAGCUUGCAGAGCGCUCCGAAAACUGCCAUGCCCAGUCAUCAAACGAUAUAAUCAUGUCACAUUUCUCCACUAUGAUAUGCUAAACAUUUGAUGAAAAUCUAACAUGCCGUGGAAAUGUUGAACUGAGCGGCCGCACAGAUGAAAGUGGUGUUUUUGAAACUCAGAAAUGUGCCAAUCAGCCACCCUGACAUCAUCUUCUACCACUUUGCACCUCCUAGAAAUCAAAGAGCCCUUUCAGGGGCCUGGUUUGAAACGGCAGGACCAAAGGACAGAGUCUGCAUCGGUUAAACCGCCCCAUCCUGGCUCUGCAGGCGGCCGCACAGCUGCCUCGUUUUUCCACGCUGCUCAUCCCUCACAGGCGUGGAUGUGACGGAACAUGCAUUAAAGUGUCUCUUAAGAUUUCUCCUCUUUUCCAUCCAGAUGACUUUGGAUGGAGAACAGAGAUUGGCAGAAGAUGCGCUAAAAGCCAGUCAACCUCUUUGCUGCCAUCUGUCUCCACUUCCUAAGGAAAAAAAAAAGCAAAAUGGUUUCCUUGUUGAAUAUGUUUUUCUGCAGUUUCCUUUGAUAAGAAAAACAAUUUGUCGGCUUUCAUGUAAAGGCUCACUAAAAAGGCUUCCGUUGCUUCCUACACUGCUGCUGCAAGCUGAGAAACAAAUCUGCUCUUUGAGAGCUGCAAUUGUUUUCUGAGGGUUUAGUUUUGCCUUUGGUGCAUGAAGUGUAACAACAUCAGCGAUCAAACCGGGGCUGACACCAGAAAAGGCUGCCUUUAUUCAUUUUUUUUUAUACAAACAUGUUUAGAAACAUUAGAUCUUUUUUGGUUUGUUAGGGUUUUGGAUUGAACCAACAUGGAGCCUCUAAUGACAAAACCUCUGCUGUUUGUAUUUAUGCUGUCCUAGCAGACGCGCUCACAUUACGGUCCAGCUGCACUAAAUCUGGUUCUGUUUUUGGCUCUGAUUCAGGUUUACGAAGAAGAAUUUAGAAGAACAUAAUCGAAACACCAAAGCUUGUGGUCAAUGCAGAGGAACAUAAGUAGAGAAUUAUUAACUUUUUGAGGAGAUUGUUGGACUUAACAUGAAGACCUCUUGAGAGGCCCUAAUCAUUUUGCUUUCAGUCAAUUCUUUUCCGUGAAGACCGUACAUAAAAUAAAGCAAUACACAACAUCUUUUGUCCAUCAGAGCAGCUAAUGUCUGAGAAGAACACUUGUAGUUUGGAUUUGAAAAAGCAGCAGUCGUUAAAUUGUGAAGGUUUUGCUAAUGUUGCCAUUUCUACCUUCCUGUGUUAACAACAGCACCAAACAGUGCUUCUUUUGCUGCAGCUGGAGCUACCAUAGCAUGCACAUUCCAACACUUGCAAUUCUCUUAUUAUUUUUUCUAGUUAUAGCACUGAUUUGAUGCAUAACCAUAUAAUAAAAUCGAUGAGAAACUAUAAACUGCACCAGGCAGUAAGUGAUUGUUUGCUUUAAGAGCUAAAAACUCCAGAGUUAAAAAUUAGUUUUGCUUUAAAAACUUAAAACCAUCCCAGAAACUCUUUUUUUUUUUCUUUUUUAGAAAGAAGCGCAAAACCCACCAUUUAAAGUUGCCUUUUAAGCAGUGUGAUGAUUAUUGUUUUCCAGUGAAGUCCAGUUUGCACAACAUCACUUGAGAAAAAAAUAACUCACAUUUCCUGUUGCAGUUACUGGCAGUGAAUAGUUUCCAACUUUCUGACAGCAGUAAUUGAAAGAAAAGCAAAACGGAGCAACAUUUUGUGAGCUUUUUCAAAGAAACAAAUUAAUCACAGUGUAGAGGAAAAUCUGGAUUGCAGCAUUUUUUGGCAACAAAUUCAAUCCACAAUAAAUGUUUUAUGCUUAUGUACACCUAACAUGGAUUCAUUAACAGCCAAUCUUUGUGAGGAGACACCAGGAAUUAGCCCUGACCAGUCCUCUAUGUCACACACACCCUCUUUUUAUUGAUACAGCAGAGCUCAGCAGUUGGACCCGCGCCAAACCUUUGCAUUGAACACAGGCAUAAAGUCAUUCGGUCAGCAGAAAACUGCAGUUCACAGGCAGCACCUCGUCUCACCAACAACCCUUUCGUCCACGCUCUUCAUUUUUAAACCAGGCCCCUGGAUGAGGCCCCUUUGUUCCCCAGCGUAGAAAAACCGCUGUUGACUUUUUGCAUUUUUAUUCUUUCCGUUGUUCCCGUGCUGGGUAGGCAGCAGUUUAAGCCAAAACUGAGAUUAAUGCCGGGGUACAAUCGAUUCAGUGCAUGGAUCAUCUGCAUCUUUUACAAACUUGCGCCUCUUUACUCUCCGUUUCUCCUUGUUCCUCUCAUUCGGGGUUUCCAGUCACUCGUGCAGCUCUUUCAAAAACGGAAAAAAAGCAAUGUGAGCCUUUACAGACAUGGAAGAAGGGAUGGUCCAGGAUUGGCAGGCAGAACAUGGCGUGUUUGUACUUGACAGCAGCACUGUCCAUGUGUCAGAGAGCCCAGAUGUGACAGGAUCUUUGUGGAUGUUUAAACUGUAUAACUUGUACAUUUUAUUUAUAUUGUUUUUUACACCUAUUACUCAGUAGAGAGCUCUGAAUACAUUGAAAAUGCACUAUAUUUUUCUAUCUCACAGAAUGAUUAUUAUCACCCACAAGAUUUCUGUUGUACAUAUUUUUUUCAUUUAGGACCAAAGACAGUUGAUAAGAUUUCCAUCUUGACUUUUUUUUUCUUACCUCUAGGUUGUACAGUGAUACAAAAAUCUUGAUUUAUUAUUUAUUUUCUGUGAUUUUUGAAGUUUUGAGAAGAUUCUCUGUUCAGAAGUAUUUUCCCCAACAGCUGAACUUUCAGAUCCUUUAAUUAGACUUUUUCCUGUUCCAUAGACAAUUCUUUUUGCUUUGUAACCUUUGUAAUAGACUGUACAUAUAUUUUUGGAAAUAUAAUACAAUCUCUAUAGAUUUU